GGUCUGGGUUUGUUAGGGGCUCCAUGAGGUAGUGUGAUAUUAAGUGUGAUGGGUUUUGACAUGGAGAGAAGGCGGAGCAUGUGCUUUGAGCACUCCGAUGAGGAGGACGAGGAUCACAUGCGAAGAAUAUCGAUGUGUUUCAGUAUUGACAUCUCGGACAGAGUAAAAAAACAAAAUCGAUUCCACAACCAAGUCACAGCUACAGACCGAAACUCACGCAAUCCAGGCGGUGGUCUAUUUGGAAAUGUAAAAGACAGUCGCCCGAAGAGAAGCUUCUCGUCUUUUACAGUGCCAAAUAAAUUUUUUGCCGAUGGUCGAGAUGUUCAACAUAGAUACGAUAAAUAUAAUGGAAGGUCGACAGAAUAUCGCAGAAUGCCCGACAGUUGGUCAAGAGAUCAUUAUGAUCCGGAUAGUUAUCAAAGAUAUAAUAAUAGACAAAUAACAAUGGAGUCCUACGAUUAUUCAAGGCCAUUAAAAUCUCUCCGUACAGAAAGAAACUACAAUUCUCCAAGAUAUGAAGAACCCAUUGAGAGGCCACGAAAAAAGCAUUAUCCUCAAAGAAAUGCGUACGGUCAUGAAGCAUUAAGGGAACCAAUUCCUGGGAUUGUUCUUAAGAAAAAAACAGGGCGACCUGAGAAGCUUUUUGAAAAGAAUGUAGACCAUUAUAAUUGUAACUUUCCUACAAAGCAUCUAAAUAAUUAUGUUCUACACGAAUUCAGUGAACCAAACAGAAAUUCGCACAGAAGAAAGUCAGGUUACUCAGGCAGGGAUUAUGAACCAUAUUAUGAAACUAUCCCAAGGGCAAAUUCCGAAAGCUGUUACUAUAAUAAUCGGCCUACGACGAGAGAAUACGACUCUGAAUAUUACGGCUAUAAAUCGCCACCUAUUCGAAUGAAAUCGGUAGAGUUUUUCGAUCAAGAUUGUGAGAUACCAUAUAAUAUAUUAAAAAGGCCGCGGAAUAUUGAGCGUAGAAAUAGAUUUGUGGAUAAUCAGCCAUGUCUACGACUUUCAUCUGUGGAUAUUCCGUACAAAAAAGCGCAGGAAACGAUGUUUUGA